AUCUGCCUGCACAAACACCCUCUGCUGGGCGAAGAUAAUGGGGGGUGCUGCGGACGGUGGUGUUCGGAGGGGAAUGCCGGGAGAGGAGCCGGAGGGUCAUUUGCACCCAGUGUCUGUGCCGUGAGGGUGGGAGGAUGCUGCAGCGUGCUGGGGGCUGACGCGCGGCGCCACCGGCUGCGGGGAGCGGGACCCCAACCGCCCGCCCAUGCUCCCCGCCAGCUGCCGGGGCAGCGCCCCGUGAGGAGCGGUGGUGGGCGCCUGCCUCGCCGCAGCCGGGACCGCAGCCGCUGUGCCCCCCCCGUGCCAGCUGCCCCACCAUGACGAGCCUCUUCCGUCGGAGCAGCAGCAACGGCAGCUCCCGCGGUGGCUCCUCCGCCCAGGAGCUCAACAACAGCCGCCCUGCCAGGCAGGUCCGCCGGCUGGAGUUCAACCAGGCCAUGGAGGACUUCAAGACCAUGUUCCCCAACAUGGACUACGACAUCAUCGAGUGUGUCUUGAGGGCCAACAACGGCGCCGUGGAUGCCACCAUCGACCAGCUCCUGCAGAUGAACCUGGACAGCAGCGGCUGUGACGACAGCUCGGACUCGGAGGACAGCAUCCCCGCCGAGAUCUUGGAGCGGACCCUGGAGCCCGACAGCUCGGACGAGGAGCCCCCUCCUGUCUACUCCCCUCCCGCCUACGAGAGCCAGGCGUUUGGCAGCCGCUACCCCGGCGCGCCGCCCACCCCGCCGCCCAGGACGGACGUGCCAGGGCCCGGCAGCACCCCGGCGCCCGGGCGCUACAGGAACUGGAACCCGCCGCUCCUGGGCAACCUCCCCGAGGACUUCCUCCGCAUCCUGCCCCAGCAGACCGCCGCAACACAGGGCUCCCAGGGCUGCCGGCAGCCCGUACCGCGGGGGCUUGUCCCGCGGGGCCAGGGCUCUCUGGAGCAGGAGCGGCGGUGGAAGCAGUACCUGGAGGACGAGCGGAUCGCGCUCUUCCUGCAGAACGAAGAGUUCAUGAAGGAGCUCCAGAGGAACCGGGAUUUCCUCCUCGCCCUGGAGAGAGAUCGAUUGAAAUACGAGUCAAAAAAAUCCAAGUCGACCAGUCUUGCUGUCAGCAACGACUUUGGUUUCUCCUCCGUAAUAUCAGGUGACGUAGCCCCCUCUGUAACCAGCGAGGCCGGCGGUGCCGUGUCUGACGAUGCCUUAUUCAGAGACAAAUUGAAACACAUGGGAAAAUCCACGCGCAAGAAGCUGUUUGAACUCGCCAGAGCCUUCUCUGAGAAGACGAAGAUGAGGAAAUCGAAAAGAAAACACUUGUUGAAGCACCAGGUGCUGGGGACAGCAGCUUCCACGGCAAAUCUUCUCGACGAUGUGGAAGGACAUUCAUGCGAUGAAGACUUCCAAGCACGGAGGCAGCAGCUCCGGGAGGAGGAGGAGACGCCAAAGGAAGGGCAGUAAACGGUCCCAGCGCUGGGGUUUGUUGUUGGCACAGAACGUGCACGAGGCUUCAUACGAAGAUGGCUGAAAAAGGAAAAAAAAAAAACACCCAACAAAUACCCCGUUCUUUUGGCUGUUCCCCCUCUGCUGUUGUACUCCUCUGAAGUACAAGUAUCGAAGUGAGGCACAGUGUUUUCUUACCAGCAGUUUGAAAACAACUUCUCCUAUCUAGCAAAUCAGCCAAAAAGGAAAAAAAAAAAAAGGAAAAAAAGUCGGCAGCUGCUGUGGAGGAGCCAGUGGAGCUCAGUCUUGGGAGGAGCAGCAUCCCGCCUGCUCUCUGGGUCCGAGCGGCGUCGCAGGAGGAAUGAAAAUGAGUUGUACUAACGAGGAUGCAUUCACAUGUGGGAUCUGCUUGGCUGGAGCACUCCUGAACAUAUCUCUGUAGCGAUCUGAUGUAACUUUACUCUGCACAUACAGGAAAAAAAAACAAACCACGUGAGAAAGAGAACCUAACAGCCGUUGUCUACUAUUGCUAGGAGUAAUGAGCAGAGAUUCAGAUCAGGUAAUAGUCAAAUAAUAUAAAUUGUUUAUAAAAGGAAACGCCUUCUUUUCCUAGGCGUUUCACUUUGAAUUAAACCUUUGCCUUCGGCAUUGCUAAAACUGCCUUGAAGUCCGGACGCUCUGUGGGCCGCGGCGUUGCCGCAGGACGCCGGGCAGCACCAAGGGCUGCAUUUCCCAUCACUUUAACCCUCACUGCCGAAACGGGACCCGACACGUCCCACCGGGUGCGACGUGGUCCCGGCUGCCGGGUAGGGCGCUCGGCGGCUCCGGGGAUGUCCCCCCACCAUAGGUAAGAUGCGAAGCCCAAGUAGGGGGGUUGCAUUUGAGGCCAGCGGAGGCGUUUUCGGGACAGAGAGUUUGCACAAGGGCUUGGGAGCUGCCGGGUUUGGCGUGGGGCCGGGGCUGGCCCGGUGGCAGGAGCAGAGCAGCCUUUCGCCGGGGAGUGUGGCGCAGGGCUGGGGGGCUGGCGGGCAGCACUUGAAUCGUCGCAGCUUUCGGAGAUGCUAAAAAUAAUUACGUAAACAAAUUCCUUCCCUGUGUAAGUAAUGAGUGACGAGCGUAAAGUCAGAAAUCGCUCCCGCCAGCACAUUUUCUUCUCCUUUAUCGGCAUAAUCUGUUUACUGCUAAAUGCAGGAGGUGGCUAUAGACGUGCCUGUUCCACUUUCUGGCUCCUGCGAACCAGCACAAAUGUUGCAAGAUUGGAGCUGCGAAGGCGGCAGACGCAGAAACCCCAGCCAUCAAACACACACGCAACUGUUUUCCCUGCCUCUCCGCGGGGUUUGGUAACAAAAGCCCACAUUGCAGGCGCUGCCUCCCGACAGGCUCCUUUUCAAACCCCCCCGGAGCCCGCGUGCCUUUGAAGCGGGCGCCAGGAUUUCUUUCCGCACCUGUUGAGCGCCGCUGCCGUCGCCCCCGCAGCCGCGACGGGGACCGGGGGGGACCCGGCUGCUUCUCCCCCGCCACCGGCUCCCUGGCUGGCACUGGGGCUGCUCCGAGGGGUCUGGGGCUGCAGGGUCUGGGAAGCAUCCCCUUAGAGCCCGGGGUGCCGAGGGCGAGGGCAGGAACCACCCCGGGACCCCGGGGAGCUUUGCGUUCCUGAAACCGAAGGAGCAGAAGAGCCACCCCACCGAGCCGAGCCCAGCUUUGGUGUCUGCUCCUUUUCUUUGGAAGGAAGGAGAGAGGAGCAUCUCCCUUGGGUCGUGGCAGCCCAGCUGAUGGGGUUACAGUGUCCCCCAGCCACGCUGGCCUUGUCCUGCCCUGUCUGCCCUGCUGUGUGGCGGGCUGGCGGGGGGAGAGGUGCCGGAGAGGCACGGUGUGCUUUGCACCAGGCUGCCCUGCACCCUGCAGGGUAAAACGGGCAUCUGGAGUGGCGUGUGCCCCCGCCUGGCUCGGGGUGCAAGCGUGGCUGCGGGUGCAAGGGGCUAAGUGUGAAGCUGGGGCUGGGAACAGAAGAUCCUUCAGUCCCGAGUGGGACUCUUAUCCCCAGGCUGAGACUGGUGGGGAGAGAGGAGGGGCUCCUUUCCUACCCUCUGCUGGCUCUGGGGUCCGCAGGAGGCUGCCGUUACUCCCUCCCAGUCCAAAGCCGCUCUCUGCAUAUUUGGAAGAAUAUCAAGCUUGGAACCGGAUCAGCUUGUCAACGUUCCAGCAGCUCGUAGCUACCGAGGGCUUAACUUUCAGCGAAGUUUCCAUGAGCGCAGGAAGCACCAGCAGGCAGUCGGGCGGGAGCUCGGGCUCCUGCGGGAGGGAAGUUCUGCUUCUCCCGGCUGAGGAGGUUGUUAGCGGAGGGCUGGGCUGGAGCGCGGGGAGGAGAGGCAGCGAAGUGCUUGUGCUGGGCGGCUGCGGCGUGUCUGCCCGCUGCCCGGCCCUUGGAGGGUUUGCUGUGCUCCUCGUCCUUGCUGGAGGACGGGCUGCGUUGUGCCGCGGCUGCGGAGGAUCGCGUUGAGCUCGCUUUGGCAGUCCCUGGCGCCGGGCAAGCCACGUUUCGCAUCACGUCACAGGUCAGUCCUGCUGGAACGGCUGGCUUCCACGGCAGCGAGUGGCGCAGUGGAAAUGCUGCUGUUCCUGCUCAGUCGGCACCGUCGUUAACACGUCGCCUCCGAGUUGUGUUUGUAACCCCGCCGUGGUUUGCAGGUGGAGAGGAGCCGGGAGGCAGCAGGCUGCCUCUCCUUUCGCUUUGCUUCGGGCUGGUCUGGCCGAGCAUGUCCCCGAGGCGUCCAGCAUCCUCCGCUCCCCGCAAUGCUGCUGGGGACCCGAUGGAGCCCGCGCAGGGCUGUGGUCCCGGGAGAGAACGGGGAGAGGACGGGCAGCUUGGGGGCCAUGGGGAGGGAACGGGCAUCCCGGUGUGACCUCCGCUCGCUGCACGCGGUGGGUGCGAACCCCCUGCCCUCACUGGCUCCCUUUCCCCUGCCAGCAAAGAUUUUGCGUUGGGUGGGUCUGGCGACACGCGCCAACCACAAAGCGUCCCGCGCCGAAAGCGGGCACCGCACCCGUGAGCAGACGGGGUCGGCAGUGGGCUGGCAGCGUACGCUCCACGGGGGCUCGGGGAUGUCUUUGCUAACACGGUCUAACAACUCGCCGUUAAAUAUCCUCGGCUAGGCAAAGCCCCUCUGAAUGGUGUCACUCCAUAGCCGUUGCAAAAUAUCUUGGAGGCACAAAGCGUCGUUUUAAUGGAGGAUGAAGAGUGAUUAUUUUUAUGUCCUUUAAAAAAAAAAAAAAAAUUCAGGUCUAAUGAGUAGAAAGGCCACUAAAACCGGCUUGGAAGCCAAAAUGCAUUUCUUACAUAAAAAUGUACAAUUCUCAGUGGCGUUUGUAUCACUUCUAUACAAAAUGGUUCCAAAAGAACAAACCAAAACAAUCUGUGACAUUUGUGAGUGUUACUAUUUUAGAAUUUAUUUCCAUAAGUGAUUUUUUUCUUAAAGAUGUUUAAUAGUAAUUCAUAUAAUAAAGUCCC